GGGGGGCUGCGGGCCGGGGCUGCUGGUGCUGCCCGCGGCCGCCCAGCGGCCCGGCUGCUUCCUGCGGCAGCCGGAGAGGCUGCGGCAAGCCCUCUGCAAGCAGGGCCGCUUCGCUGCCGUGGAGAAGUCGGGGGUGGUUCUCCUUUCCGGCGGUGAAGUCUGCUUGGCAAAAUACGUGCAAUUGCAGAACAAGCAGGUGCUAUGUUUGGACUGCGAAGCAACGCACAUGCUCCUUCUCUCCUCUGACGGGAAGCUUUCCGAGCACCGGGCUACGGCUUCGGCUACCCGCUUUGAGACAAGGCUGCUGAAAGAAUUAGGAAACCGAUAUAUUGUCCAAAUAGCCUGUGGGGACCAUCAUUCCAUGGCACUGUCUAGAGGAGGUGAGCUCUUCACCUGGGGCCAGAAUGCCCAUGGACAGCUUGGAGUGGGAGGACAAGUCACAUGCGCCGCUGAACCGCAGCUCGUGGAGGGGCUAAAGGGCAUCGCGCUUGCUCAGAUCGCUGCUGGAGGAGCUCACAGCCUGGUGGUGUCACUCUCUGGAGCUGUGUACUCCUGGGGAAAGAACGACUCUGGACAGCUGGGACUUGGACACACACAAGACAGGGACUGCCCAUCAUAUAUCGGAGCGUUACACCACUGGAAGACUGUAUUUAUCUCAUGUGGAGCAGAUCACACUGCAGUUCUCUCCAAGGACGGGCUGGUGUGCACCUUUGGAGCGGGAGAGGCUGGCCAGCUUGGUCACAACUCCACUCGCAGCGAACAGACCCCUCGCAUGGUGGCUGAGCUGUGGGGAGCAAGAGUGUCGCAGGUUGCCUGUGGAAGACGGCACACUCUAGUUUACGUCCCCUCCUUGGGCAAAGUCUACUCAUUUGGUUCUGGUGAGGAAGGACAGCUGGGAAAUGAGGGAAAGUCUAAUCAGCUGGUACCACUUCCCAUCAAUUUACCUGUGGAUAAUGGAAAACAAAAUCAGGGAAACAGUACAUCACAAAAGGAGAUUAAAAUUAUUGCAGGAGGAAACCAAAGUAUUAUCCUGCUGUUGAAGAAAAGGAAUUCCUAUCUUAAUUUGAAUGGAAUUGCCACUCUGAAGGAUGUGUGGAUUUCUAAUUCCUAUUCACAAAAGUGGGAGGACACAAGAAAGGAUAUUAGUCUGAUCUUUUCAUCUGAGGCAUGCAUCAAUGGAAGCUUCUUGGAACAAAGGGACAAGCAUUUCAGAACUUCCAAAGAAAUCUCGGGUGUAGACAUGUUAGAAGUGCUACGUUUUUAUGAGAAUAUCAGCUGCGAGCCAAGAGUCUUCCAAGAGGUGAAACAGGAGAUUAAGAAGUUACUGCCGUCACUGUCUCUCUCUCCCAUCUCACCUGAAAAUUUCAGAAUCUACUUGAUCUUACCCUUCCUUUUGCGGGAAAAGGAUGACGCCUCUUACCAUUCUCUUGGUCUGCUAGCCCAAGCCAUCAUGAGACUCCAGCCAAGGGACCUGCAAAUUCUUGAAUCCCUGUUGUCAAAUCUAGAAGAAUUCUUUUUCAAAGAGCUCAUCAGCAUCUAUCAGAGGGCUUCCUGGAACAAUCUGUCUCAAUUAAUCUUCGAAGUGAGGUUUUGCAGAAGAAGCCUCUUUGAACUGCGCUGCCAAGAGCGAGCGACUCUGCACAUAUUACAGUUUCUUUUCCAGGUGAAGUCCAAGGCUGGUUUUAGAAUACACAAGAGCAACUUUUAUAUACCUGCAGUGAAAGAGAUUAUCAGAAUGUGUUUCUGCAGGGAUGUGAAAAAAACUGCUCUAUGGAAGCUGACUAAAUACCCAUGCAUCUUUGAUAUGCAAGAUAAGAUUGCAGUUCACGAUAUAGAACGCAGUAUUCUGUCCCUCCACUGCUUGAUAAAUAUUAUGAGCUUUCCACUGGAAGUACAGGAACCAUGGUUUUUUCCGGUCAGAAGACAACACCUUCUGCAAGACGUAUGGGACAUUUUAAAUAACGCAGCACCUGAACAAUUCAGGAGGAUGUUAGAAGUGAGCUUCGACGGCGAGGCCGGCGUGGACGAGGGCGGGCUGACGCGGGAGCUCUUCAGCGUGGCCGCCAGGGCCCUCCGCGAGCCCGGGGCCGGGGCCUUCCGCCGCCUCGCCUCGCAGCUCCUCUGGUUCCCCAGGCAGGCGUCCAGCCACGGCAACACCUUCUUCCUCGUCGGGACCCUCUUCGGAAUGGCCCUGUACAACAAGUGCAUCGCUCCCUUUCCCUUCCCCCAAGCGCUCUACAAGAAGAUGCUCCAGGUUGAGCUCACGCUGGAAGACUUGAAGGAGCUGCUGCCUUCAGAGGGCAGGAGUCUUCAGCAAAUUUUGGAUGAAGAACACGAUGAUAUCUUUGAGAACCUGGACUUGAACUUCACGAUACUGGAAGAAGAAGGAGGCUCCACGGUUGUCACUGAACUUAAAGAAAAUGGUACCAACAUUCCUGUCACUAAGCAGAACAGGAAGGAAUUUGUUGACUUGUAUGUGAACUAUGUGUUCAAUGAAUCAGUACAAAAGCCAUUUAAGGAGUUUAUGCGAGGGUUUUCAAGAGGCUGCCCAGCUAAAAAGUGGAAGAUGUUUCUCCCUGUAGAGCUCCAGGCUAUUUUUGAGGGACACAAAAAAUAUGACUGGCACCUGCUGGAAAAGAAUGUGAAGUACUCAGGUUAUAGAAAGUCAGAUGAAACCAUCAAAAGUUUUUGGGAUGUGUUUCACAAACUCCCAGAAGAAAAAAAGAGAAUGUUUCUCGCUUUUUUGUCAGGAUCUGAUCGAAUUCCGGCAAGUGGACUAGAAGAUUUUACAUUUGUUAUUGCAGAUCCUGAAAAGGAAAAUCCAGAUGCGUACUAUCCUGUUGGCAAUACCUGCAGCUAUAUAUUACAGCUGCCCAGAUACAGCUGUAAAAGAAUACUCAAAAAAAGGCUCCUCUCUGCCAUAGAGCAUUGUGAGAAUUUUGGUUUGCCCUAACUUUGUCGGGAGUGCUUUAAAGCAAAAGUAAGCAAACAGAAAAUUCAGUCUUUGUCUCACCUCUUAAUUUAUUUUUCUUUGUGCCUCUGAUGUGCUGGUUUCUCCUCACGCCUUCCCUUAUUUUUACUCUACUUUCUAGACACUUAAGUGCAUUCCUCGGGUUGUGUAUUAUAAAAACGAGCUUCGAUCAGAUGCCUGGUUGUUAGGAUUCUUCUUUCCUGAUUUUAAUCAUCUACUUAACAUGCUUUCAUGAAGCAAGUUGGGAAACAGAUAUGUUUAUGUAUAUGUCCAUCUUCCCUGCACUGUACUGAUGCUACUUAGUGGGUGACCUUUCAGCAGCCUGAGACUUUGUGCUUUCCAAAUCACCAGCAAUCACACUGUAAGUGUAUGCUAACCAAUAGUAGUUGCAAGAGGAAGGCAGGAAAAGUUUUCAUCCAUGUUAGUGAUGGAUCUUCUUAGGGAGCACUUAUUUCUAAGGAGACCAGCUCCUGAAAACUGAAUUGACUGAGCAGUCAUUACUCACCUGUAUAUUGCCUUUGAUUUACCUGAGAGACAUUCUCAGGAUGAGGACUUGAGUGAUCCUUGACUUGGUCAAAAGCCUUAUUUUUAAAGCAUUAAUGGUCUUUUUAUUAUUUAGUGUGAUAGUACUGUGGAAUUUGUCAUGUUUUCUUUGUAUUUUCUAUGUAGAUGGUUUACAAUAAAACAAAAUAUUAGGCCUGCAGAACAACUCAGUGCCUACCCGGAGCCCUGUGAACAUGAGGCAUGACUGCUGGAAGUUCAUUGCCAGGACAGUACCUGACACUGGCAGCACAUUGUCAAUGUCCAGCAGAGUGUAAAGGCUACAGCUGUAUAUUUUUCCUGUAUGUUUUACUUCAUGUAAAAAAAAAAAUAUGUAUUUUGUUCUAUUGAGAGACAAUGAUAAUGAUUUACUAGCAAUCCUCUCGUUUCUUUGCUAUGUUAAAUGUGUGAAUGGACACACACAUCUGAAGAAUGAUUUUUAUUAUGUCUGUUGUCAAAUGCUACGUUGAAUUAAGUGAUGAUUGAUUGAAUUCCCAUAUCUGUAGUUUUGUUCUUUUUUUUGUUAAGCAGCUGCCUGUGUAUCUGUGUUUUUUGUCCUCAUAUAGUAGAUAUAGGAAAGUCAUUCACAUGAGGAGUCAAGUGUACUUCAAACAGAUGCAUUGCCUAAGUCAAA